AUGCGGUGGCGGGACCGAGUGGCUGUGCUCUUCUUCCCCCAAGGCAUGAUGCUCACCAUGGCCGCACUCCUGCUUUUCUUCAUACACCUGGGCAUCUUUGCCAGCGACCUGUACAACUUCUACAUCACCCACCACUAUGACCGCAUGAGCUUCGACUACACGCCUAUCCUGAUGUUCUCCCAGGUAAUGAGUGUCUGCUGGGCUGCCAUGGGGUCAGUCUACGCUGAGAUGACAGAGGACAAAUAUUUCCAGUGCUCUGCUCUAACCAUCUUGAUACUCAAUGCGGUCAUGUUCUUCAACCGCUUGUCUCUGGAGUUUCUAACUAUUCAGCACCGAGAGGAAAGCCACUGA